GUUAUAGAUAAGAAACGGAUAAACGAGGAGGCCGUGUUGGCAAAGCGCCUGCAGGUCAGCCUGCAGGUUGAGAGAGAAGCAGAAGAGCCUGCAGGUUGAGAAAGAGAAGCAGAAGACACUGCGUAUGCAACAAGGACCAGCCAGCAGAUCUGCAAGAUACACUGCUGUGGGUAUUACCCUGAUCUUUCCAACCCUCAUUUUGAUUGCCUGCAUGUCCGCAGGAUGGGAAAAGGAAACAACAUGGUGGUCACCAGAAUUCUGGGCGCUUUUUCUCACCUCGCUCUCGACCGCCCUUGGUAUAUUCACGGGCCUCACCGUCAUACGCGUCGCCCACGACAACCCUCAGCAGUAUGUUAGGCUUCUUUGGGGAUAUCAGAAAUGCUUUGGCAAAGAUGCGCGCGGUAUGGUGUUGCGGAGGGUAUGGAGAUGGAGAUGGAGGAUGAUUAGCGCAGGCCUGAAGUAUAUCAAGGAAAUGCUACAUAAAAAUCUCGAAUUACAUAUCCCCCUUGGUCUCCAUCCCGCAAUUUUGUUAUCCCCCAGCUGUCCACUUCCCAGCGCUAUGGGAUGAAUGUAUACUGUGAAGAUAUUGGAAAACCAAAACGGAGCACAACCCUGUUGUCACACCACGUGAGUCUAUGUCAUGUGCGAUGGGGCUAUAUGAUAUGCUUGUCUAUUUGUAAGUUACAG